AUGUUGAUUCCGGAAUUUUAUGAUCAAUGGGCUGACAGAAUGGAAGAUUAUCUGAAUGGGAUUGAUGAGAAGCUCUGGAAUUGUAUCAAUGGACCAGUUCUACCUCCUGCGAAUGUUCAAACAUUAGGAGCCUCUGGAACUUCAGAUCAAGUCAGUAAUCAAGCUGAUCAUAUGAAAAAGAAUGAGAAGAGAUGUAUGCGAGCGCAGAGAGGUGCAUUGCCACCUGUGGUUUACAACUACAUUCGUGGUUGUAAAAUAGCAAAAGACAUUUGGAUCAUGUUGAAAGAAAAAUAUCAGGGAAGUGAAAAGACAAAGAUCAACUCUAUUAAACAAUGUCUUAUUGAGCUUAAGGAGUUCAGACAGAAGAAUGCUGAGACGAUUGAAAAUUACUAUGAUUGUCUGAAUGAACUCGUUUAUCGAUGCACAAGGUAUGGAAUCACAAGGUCUCCUAUGGAAUUCAAUCUUAUAUUCAUCAUGGGGCUUCACAAAGAAUGGCGAAGUGUGAGCAUGAUGAUAAAGAAUCAACAAAGCUUUUACACUUCGAGUUUGAAUGAUCUAUACAAUCAGCUAAAGACAUACGAAAACAAAGUGGGUGAAAUGUUAGAAGAGUCGAAACAAAGUUUGGGUGGACCACUGGCAUUGGUGUUGAAAAUGAAUGAAGUUGAGUCUAUUGAAAAUGAAGGAUCGAAUGACGAGGGGAGAUGGGAAGAGUGGUUUAAGAAAGUUGGAGUAAAGGCUGCAGGUGAGGAAAAGAAGAAGUAUGAUAAGUAUGAGAAGGUUGAUGAAAAUAUGAAGGAAUUGAAGGCAGAGAAAAAGCUGAAAGGUGACUCAGGAGUUAAUUGUCAUUACUGUAAUGGAGCUAAUCACUUCGCAGCUGACUACAUGUUAAGGAAGAAGGAUGAAAAGAAAUCCAAAGUUAAAUAUGAAGCUUAUUAUGCUGAAAAACUUGAGGAAGUUCGUACAAAAGCAAAAGGGUUGUCUUUGGUUGCAAAGGGAGAGAUGGACAAUGAUGAAAGUGGAACCUACCAAAUCUGGUCUUCAGGUUCAGAUGAUGAAGAAAUGAGGCAUCCUACACAUGGUGCGAUGUUUGCUAGUUUUGAGAAGAAUGGCAAUGCAGAAGAAGAAAUCUCUAGAAAUUGCUUCGUGUCCAAAUCCACGGGUAAUUAUCCUAUGACCACCAAGUCUGCUAGUACUGAGGCUCAAAAUCUAAAAACACAACUAGCUGAGACACGAAGACAGGAUAGAUUAGAUAAGGAUGUUAGAUUGUUGUUAGCUCAACGUAACAUUUACUUUGAUGUUAUAUCGUAUGAUUGUGAAGAUACUAUUGCUCAGUUUGACAAAAUACCAGAUGAUAGAUUUGCAUAUGGUAUUGUCAAAAUUGAUGAAUUUCAGUAUGUUGAUGAAUUGGUUGAUAUUGUAAAUGAUAGUUUAACGAAGACUGAACAAAUUAAGAUUUUAAAGAAAACUGAAACUUCGACUCUUGAUUCUCAAAACAAUUAUGCUGAUGUCGAUGAUAAUUCAGAUAAUAUCAAAGGUAAAGAAAUUUUAGUUGAUUCGAUAGUGAAGGUUGACACCGACAAACCCUCAACUUCGCAACUUUUUGACUUUGAUGAUGUGGAAGUUCGAAGUAGUCAAACAGAUGACACUGAUGGUGAUGAAGAAAAAGUGAAACCUUCAUGUGAAUGUAAGAAAGAGAAGAAUGUUUCGACUGAAACAUCACCUACACGUGUUGUUGUUGAACAAGUAUAUAGUGACUCGAAGGAAUUCAACCAAAUUCAUAAUUACAAAGGUGCACACUACUUGGAAACCAACACGGUUGUCUAUCCAAAUUUUACAUGCACUGAUAAAACAGUUUUUCCAAACCAAGUUUUCGUAACUGCUAGAAAUGUUGAGCAAAUCAAGCCUGAAUUUAACAAAAUGGUUGAAAAUGAUAACAAACGAUCAACAACCAAAGGUUUCUUUGAAAAUCAAAACAUGGAAAAAGAAGAGAAAGUGUUUCAAAAAGAUGGUAAAACAAAAUCUGAAGUGAAAUUGAAUUCUCACAAAUUUAAAGUGAUGGUUGGAAAAUUUUCAUGUGAAAACAAUGUUUCAAAAAGAAAAGCACGAAAGGUGGUGUUUAAUGAAGAAAGUAACAUCAUACCAAAAGUGAACGCAAAUGAAGUGCUUCUCAAGUCAAAAAGAUAUGGAGAUAUGUUCACACUCGACAUCAAUCCGAUUGUGGGCAAACCAGCAAUGUGUCUCUUGUCGAAGGCUUCUAAUGAUAUUAGUUGGCUAUGGCAUCGCAGAUUGUCUCAUUUGAAUUUUUGCAAUAUCAAUAAACUUGUCACUCAAGAUUUGGUACGAGCUUGCGAACAAGGAAAACAACACAGAAAACGACAUCCAAUCAUUAUAGAUUCGAAUAUUGUAGAACCGUUAAAAUCUGAGGUUUCUCAAACGAUGAUUGACUUUAUCAAGAAGAUUGAGAUGAGUAUUAAAAAGAGUGUUCGCAAGAUCAAAAGCGAUAAUGGUUCUGAGUUUAAAAAUCAAAAGUGUUUUAUAAUGAUCUUAAAAGAUAAUCUUUCCAAGUUUGAUGCGAAGGCAGAUGAAGGCAUAUUCUUAGGAUAUUCGCAUAAUUCUGUUGCAUACAGAAUAGAUCGCAAAUUUGAACAUAAACCCAUCAUUGCUGAUUCAAAUAAUCCAGUUGAAAAUGAAAAUACUAUUGAUUUUGAUUAUGAAUUAAUUUUUGGUAUUCUUGAUAGGGCGAUCGAUGCUGAAAUUCAUGCUGCUGAUAAUCAAUCACCAGAAUCCUCAAAAAAUAUUGAUGACUCUCCUCAUACAUCUAAUUCAAAUAGUAGCGAAAGCAUGCCUGAAGUUCUUGAGGGGGAGCUUGAAGGUGCAGUUGAGGGGGAGUAUGAAGUUGAUGAUAAUAUUUCCAUUGCUGAAACUGAAAACGAAGAAGUGUAUGAGGAUACACCAUUAGACUUUGAUCCGGCAUAUCCACCAAUGGAAAAAUGGACAAAAAGUCAUCCCAAAGAAUAUAUUAUAGGAAAUCCUCAAGAAGGUGUGUUGACUCGAGCUCAGAUUCGUGCCAAAAAUGAGGUACUUUGA